AUGAACACGGUCGCGAGAGACCCCGAAGAGCCUGAGACCCGUCUUGAGCCGGUAGGACAGACCCAUCCUGACUCGAGUCCAGAAGUUAAGACCCUGGAUCCAGGGAGUAUGGCAGAUGUCGAGAAUGACGCUCAGGUCUCUGAACCGUCAAUGGGUGUCCAGUCACAGACGAGCUGUUCGACACCGGUCCAAAGGCUGAAGGCAGAAUAUGCUCGGGUGAUGCGAGUCUCUGCUGAAGAACCGGACCUGGAACCUGCCGUAUAUCUCAGGGAAGGAAGUGAUUUGAUGGCGCAGUUACGAGACCAACUCAUCAUGCUCCCGGAAAAUGAGGAACUGACCCCGGAAUGUAACAUUGGCGAAGCUAAUGUCGGAGUUCCGGGAGUCACAACUCCAGAGAUAGAAGCCAAGAUGAGAGGGAUCCUGAAACGCCACCGCAGCAUCUUCCGGGGAGAUGGCAACGCAGCUCCAGCUCCAGCUAGAGGCGUAGUGUGUGAUAUCGACGUUGGAGAGGCAAAACCAGUGGCUUUACGCGCAAGACAGAUUGCCGCACCUUUCUUGGUGAAGGUGUUUGAACUCCUGCAGAAGUUGUUGGAGGCAGAGCUCAUUGAGCAUUCAGAGUCCGAGUGGUCAUCACCCAUUGUGAUUGUGCUGAAGAAAAACGGCAUAGAUAUCCGGAUGUGCAUCGACUACCGACUUCUGAAUCUGCUCAUCAAGCUAUCUCGUUAUCCUCUACCUUUAAUCGAUGACCUGCUGGUAGACUUCAGAUCCGCGAUGUGGUUUAUGAGUCUCGACAUGGCGAGCGGAUUCUGGGCGGUGCAAAUGACUAAACGUGCGAAGCUGAUCUCUGCGUUUGUCUGCCCGUUCGGCCACUUUCAAUGGCUCAGGAUGCCUUUUGGAUUAAAGAAUGCACCGCUAAUCUAUCAGAGCAUCAUCAAUAACUGCCUGUGGGGAUUCGUCCGGCUACCUCCCGAAGAGGAAGCGAUGGUUGGCUCAGAAGUUCUGGAGUUCCUGAAUCUGGAGCCUCAAGAAGUCCUGAAACCUGAAAUGGAGAUGCGGGAUUCAGAUAUUCCUUCAUUGGACAUGACUAUAUUCCGACGCAAUAUCCUGGCUCCAUCACAAAUGGGCCCGGUCUUAGGAAGAAGCUCGUAUAUUGACGAUAUCGCUCAUGGGGCGUCGACCUGGGACCAACUAUGUGAGGACCUCGCGUUGUUGUACAGACUACGAUACUGGAAUAUCUCUGUGAGCUUACCGAAAAGUGAAUUCGGGAAGUUGACCAUCCCAUUCCUCUCUCAUGAAGUGAGUGCCGACGGAAUCAGGGCCUUGCCGAAGAUUGUCAAAGGCAUAGAGGACUUACCUUUCCCGUCGACGUACAAGGGAGUGCAGUCCUUCUUAGGAAGUCUGAAUUAUUACAACAAGUUUAUUGAAGACUUACCAGUAGUUGCCGCUGUGCUCUACGAACUAGAUGAGGAACGUGUACGUGCUGGGCGGAAUCUGGAAGCCGCAAAGGAGUCUUUCGGGAUACUGAAACGUAAGAUCGUGUCAACUCCGCUGUUGCGACAUCCAGAUAGAACCAAGCCUUUCGUGAUCAUUCCGCAUGCUAACCCGUGGGCGGCGUGUGCCGUUCUGGGUCAGGAGCAUGAAGGACUCAUACACCCCGUGCGAUUUACUGGGUAG